AUGCUUUCUUGCUUCUCACUGACUCUCUUUGUAUCUCAGGUUGUCCGUAGCCGCCUGGAGAAGAAAGGAAUCGCAGUCCAUAAUGUAAGGUUGAACGGCUCAGCAGCUAGUCACGUUCUACAUCAAGACAGUGGCUUGGGGGACAAAGACCUAGUUUUCAUCUUCGGUGUAGAUCUGAAGACCGAAGAUGUCUUCCAGCUUGUUAAAGAUGUGGUCAUGGACUGCCUUCUUGACUUCCUCCCGGAAGGUGUCAACAAAGACAAGAUCACCCCCAUGACUCUGAAGGAGGCGUACGUGCAGAAGCUCGUGAAGGUGUGCAACGAAACCGACCGCUGGAGCCUCAUAUCGCUCUCCAACAACAGCGGGAAGAACGUGGAACUCAAAUUCGUGGACUCUCUCAGACGGCAGUUCGAGUUCAGUGUGGACUCCUUCCAGAUCAUCCUGGAUUCGCUUCUGCUGUUUGGGGAGUGUUCAGAGAACCCCAUGGCUGAGAACUUCCACCCCACGGUCACUGGGGAGAGCAUGUACGGGGACUUCGAGGAGGCAAUGGACCAUCUCCGGAACAGGGUCAUCGCCACGAGGAACCCAGAGGAGAUCAGAGGUGGGGGGCUUCUGAAAUACUGCAACCUCUUGGUGAGGGGGUUUAAGCCCAAAUCGGAAGUGGAUAUGAAGGCACUACAGAGAUACAUGUGCUCCAGGUUUUUCAUAGACUUCUCCGACAUCGGUGAGCAGCAGAGGAAGCUGGAGUGCUACCUCCAGAGCCACUUUGUUGGGAUGGAGAGCAAAAGAUAUGACUAUCUGAUGACCCUCCACAGGGUGGUCAAUGAGAGCACAGUCUGCCUUAUGGGACACGAAAGGAGGCAGACCCUGAACCUCAUUGCCAUGCUGGCUGUGAGAGUCCUGGCUGAGCAGAACAUCAUCCCCACGGUCACAAACGUUACCUGCUACUACCAGCCAGCUCCUUAUGUCAGUGAAAUAAACUUCAACUACUAUGUCACCCACGUGCAGCCCUUCCUGCCUUGCAAUCAGUCUUACCCAACGUGGCUUCCCUGUAACUGAGCCAGGACAAACUUCA